AUGAAAUUGUUCAUUGCCCUUGUUGUGUUGGCAGCAGUUAUUUGCUUGGCUUUCGCACAGCCACGUCCAAGUGUUAAAGCCGCAGAAACUUUGGAAAGUGUCGAUGGUGGAGUAGCUGUAGAUACAGAUUCAGUACUAACACGGAAAGUACGUAGUUAUGGUGGAUAUGGCGGAUUCGGCGGGUUCUAUCCUGGCGGUUAUGGAGGUGGAUUCUACCCAGGCGGUUAUGGCGGUUACGGUGGCUAUCCUGGAUUUGGUGGGGGUUUCGGCGGUGGUAGCAGUUUUGCUCAAGCUUCUGCGGGAGCAUCGGGUUUCGGUGGUGGCUUUUACGGUUGA